AUGGUAAAAAUGCCAGCGGAGAUAUUGAGGAGUACAGCAGUAACACGGGCAAAUUCAGCCUUUCUUCGUAUGGAGGAUCGUGUUGAUUUCAAGUAUGAUGGUGUCAACAACGAGAGCAAAGAGCAUAAGGGAGGGCAUGGCAUCCCAAAGGUUUCCAUGGUCCCACUUGUGUUCCUCAUAUUCUAUGAAGUCUCGGGGGGUCCCUUUGGAAUUGAGGAUAGUGUCAAGGCUGCUGGACCACUCCUGGCAAUUGUGGGGUUUCUUCUGUUUGCGCUCAUAUGGAGUAUUCCAGAAGCCCUAAUCACUGCUGAGAUGGGUACUAUGUUUCCUGAGAAUGGUGGCUAUGUCGUCUGGGUCUCUUCAGCUCUUGGGCCCUUUUGGGGUUUUCAGCAAGGAUGGGCGAAGUGGCUCAGUGGUGUCAUAGAUAAUGCUCUCUAUCCAGUCCUUUUUCUUGACUAUGUCAAGUCCAGUGUUCCAGCUCUCGGGGGUGGGCUUCCAAGGACUUUUGCGGUGCUUAUCCUCACAGUUGCCCUUACUUACAUGAACUACAGAGGAUUAACGAUAGUUGGCUGGGUGGCAGUCUUUCUUGGGGUGUUCUCUCUGCUCCCUUUCUUUGUAAUGGGAUUGAUAGCAAUUCCACAGAUUGAACCUUCAAGAUGGUUUGAAAUGGAUCUGGACAAUGUGAAUUGGGGCCUGUAUCUAAACACUCUGUUUUGGAACCUCAACUACUGGGAUUCAAUCAGUACAUUGGCUGGAGAGGUUGAGAAUCCGAAGAGAACCCUCCCCAGGGCACUUUCUUAUGCUCUUGUUUUAGUAGUCGGGGGAUACCUCUACCCUCUGAUCACCUGUACAGCAGCAGUUCCGGUUGUUCGGGAGUCGUGGACAGAUGGAUAUUUUUCAGACAUUGCAAAAAUUCUUGGUGGUUUCUGGUUGCACUCGUGGAUUCAAGCGGCGGCCGCAUUGUCAAACAUGGGCAACUUUGUUACUGAAAUGAGCAGUGAUUCUUACCAGCUUCUCGGGAUGGCUGAGCGUGGCAUGCUCCCUGAGUUCUUCGCCAAGAGAUCACGCUACGGGACCCCACUGAUCGGCAUCCUAUUCUCGGCGUUCGGCGUGGUCCUGCUGUCCUGGAUGAGCUUCCAGGAGAUCAUUGCCGCGGAGAACUACCUCUACUGCUUCGGGAUGAUAUUGGAGUUCAUCGCCUUCAUCAAGCUGAGGAUGACCCACCCUAGCACCUCCCGGCCUUUCCGGAUCCCGCUGGGCACUGUUGGCUCCGUCCUGAUGAUCAUCCCUCCGACUAUCCUGAUCGUCGUGGUGAUGGUGCUGGCUUCCUUCAAGGUGAUGGCUGUGAGCAUCCUGGCGGUGCUCGUCGGGUUUGCGCUGCAACCGGCCCUGGUGUACAUGGAGAAGAAGCGGUGGCUGAGGUUCUCCGUCAGUGAGGACCUGCCCGAUCUGCUGGACCCCUCGUCUGGCGCCGUCGAAGAUGACACGACCCCCCUUGUGGUCUGA